CAGUCUACUCGACAGCAACGACACAGAGUCGACGGCAGGACUUACCAUGAAGCUUUUCGUUAUCAGCGCUGUCCUUCUCGCCUUUGCUUUCGCCCUGUCUGAUGCCGGCUAUCACGGAUAUGGUGGGCAUGGAGGACAUGGUGGUCACCGUGGUUACGGUGGACACGGCCAUGGUGGGUACAGCCAUGGCAUCACUCACUUCUUCGACAACCAGCGCGCCCACUAUGGACACGGUGGGUACGGUCAUGGUGGAUAUGGCGGGUACGGUGGACGCGGUGGAUAUGGUGGACAUGGAGGCUACGGUGGACGCAGCGGCUACGGUGGAUACGGAGGCUACGGCUAUUAGGGAUGAUACUUUCGGUGGCUAUUGCUCUGAUUGGAUGCUCUAGAAGUAGUUGUACAGUGUCUGAGUAGGAAAAUAAACGCAUUUUUGAUUUUCGAAA